CUUAACUUCACUUGGCAUUGUCUGGUCGAGGUGUGAAGUUUAGUUCAAACGAUAGGAAACACAAUAAAUAUUAAGAUUAUGUCUGCAGCAGGCAGCACAACGAUUUUGACGCUGCUGGCUGUGAUAAGCCUGCAGGGAUUGCUGCUUCUAGCUGCACCCACUUUGGAGAAUGCUCAUAUAACUCCGGAUUUACGGCUCGAUGAAUCAGUGCCAGUCCGGAGGGCUGCUGCACUGAAGCGCCAGCGUCGCCAUCAUGAUGAUCAUUGGCAGGGAUACUCCCAUGGACAUUCAAGCGAGGAGUUGGACGAGCCUGACUGGGGACAUGGUGAUGUGAACGAUGAUUCACAUUCUCAUUUCCAUGGACAUUCUGGUAGGCGUUCCCAUGGAUACUUCGAUGGGCAUUCCCAUGACAGAUAUCGUCAACCCUUCUUUGGCUUUGGCUUCGGCAACUGGCGACCGCAUCCGCGACCACCAGUCCCAUUUGGCUUCGGCUAUGGACCCAGUGGCGGUAGAUAUAAUACAUAUUUGCCCACACCACUGGCUCCCUUUCCAAAAAAUAAGCCGGACUCUCAGCCAAUGCCCGAAGCACCACCAACAACAACAACAACAAGAACACCAAUAACAAGGAAAACAAAAGCAACAAAAGGACCAACAAGAUUACCAGUAACAACAAGAAUACCUGUAACAACAACAACAACAACAACAACACCAACAACCACAACAACCACAGAGGAGCCACUUUUAAUUGACCUUCGCAGUGGUCGGGAUUAAGUUAGUCUUUGCAUUUAAGUUUACACUCGAAAAAAAUACGUUUUUCACUUUCCACUACAAAAAUCUUCAAUCAGUAAGCAAUUACCUGCAAAGAAAAUAGAAUACACAUGAAAAAGAUUAUUUACAUAAAUUCCAAAAAGAAAUAAUAAUAUCUUUAAAAUUAUACAUAUAUUUAUAAAAAUGUUGUCUGAUUGUAGACCACUUUCUUUCUACAUUUUUGGUUUAAUCCCGUAUUUAUUUUGUAAGUUUUUCUCAAUUAUACUCUCUUUUAUUGGAGUGCACAUCCAAGCUGCAUUAAGAACGUUAUCUUAGCCAA